CCUCGCUCAAGAUGGCGGGAGUGUCGCCUCACGCCCACAAACCUGAACACCUUAUCUGGUGGGUUUUUUUUUUAAUAAAUCUGGUUCGCGGCAAGUAAUGAGAAAGCGCGAACCGAAAAAGUUUUAAAGCCUAUCCCAACUAUUCUCCUCCACCCCCACUACGCCUCAGCUAACCGCCGCAGGAAGUAGUUUCCCCGCCAUUUCCGGGGCAAGGUCUGCGCACGCGCGGGCCGUGACCCUUUCCGCGCGUGCUAGCUCUGUGGGUCGGUCAGGGGUGCAAGGAGUCCUCGCAGCGGGAGCAGGAGGCCUUGUAAAGCGCGCGCCAUGGUAAGCUGCUCGCGCUUUCCUCUCGAGAAGUAUUUGCAAAGGGUUGGGAAGAAUAAUCCAUAUUUUCUUCUUUCUCCCCCCUCCCUCUCAUUAAUGCAGCUCUUGAGUCUCUGUCUCCACCCCUUCACGAUGAAAGGUGUUCUCCUGUAAAAUAGGCAGAAGGGGACCCCCCAGUGGGGUUCAGCUGGCUGGCGAAGGGUGGGGCGGCCCCGGUGCAAAAGUGCAGAGCCCAGGGCAGGGGAGAGCGGACGCCUACCUAGAAUUGUAGAGGCGGAAGGUUUCCCCAGGGUCAUCUAGCCCCACCCCACCCAAUGCAGGAGCAUCCGCGUUAUGCACGUAUGAAUGGACUCGCCUCCACAAGGCGUGAUGGCGGGAGGUGGACGAGGCAAAUCCCUGGAAGAGUAACUCCAUAGCUUUAGCUGUUAGUGCAGAGGGGUAGCUCAGUUCGUAGAGCGUGAGACUCAGGGUCAUGGGUUCAAACAACACUUCGGGCAAAAGAUUCCUGCAUUGCAGGGAGUGAGAAUAGCUGACCCUCGUGAUCCCUUCCAAGCCUUGGUAAAGUACACACGUGCAGCAUGGAAGUACAGGGACUCAAGCCCAUCGUACUUUUCCAAGUCCUGAAGGGGUGUGAGGGGGUGAGGAGGAAGUCUUUUGCACAUGCCUCCUUGACCCUGUCUUCCCCAGUAUAUGAAGGAGUGGUUACUACCAGUCAACUCUGACAACUCCAUGUGCUCUUUAUUCUUCCUUAUUGUCUUAUCCUUUUAUCUUCUGAAUCUCUUGACAGUGAAUGACAGGAACGUCCUCUGCUUUGCAACAAGUUGUAUCUAUUGUGUGGUGAAGAGUGCAAAUUACAAAGUCAAGAGGUUUUUUUGCUGUAUCAAUCGUUGACUGUUACUGAGAGUGGAUAGUUGUUGGUUCAGUAGUGCUUCAAAGGAAAGGAAUUAUUGGGCAAGCGACAAAAUAAUGGGAGAUGAGAUGAAUCCUUUUUGGGUCAAAUUAGUUGAUUUAAGGUAAAUCCCUACAGCACAAGCCUAACCAUACCUACUCAGAAGUAAGUUCUAUGGGACUUGCUCCUCUGUAGCAGUCUCCUUGCUCAUAAUAGUGUAGGAACAUGCAGGGAUUGUUAUUGCCAAAAGUGGGGUAUAUGAUGGACUAAUCUAAAGCAAUUUGGUACCAGUUGAAAGAGUUGGUGCUGACAAUAUGCUCUUACUAAGAUGUAAACCAAAGUUUGUGUAGAGUCCCAAGUAUUUUUGCACAAUGUAUUGUAAAUUCCUAACUCUAGAGAAGUUUCUAGCAAAAGCUUUACUGACUUAUAUCCAAAUAGGUGGCUGACACUCUUUUUUAUUUUUACUUAAUAAUAUUUGUUGCUGAAUACUCUUGGAAGGGACAUACAUGUUAAAUCUCUUAAUAAACUAUUGAGGAUGGGUUUUCAGACGUUUUAAAGUCUCUUAAUCACUCGUCUUCAGAGUUGAAGACUGCAGACUUGAAAUUGGAUUCUGUGGAAAUAAGUCAGUGGGACUCGCUCCCAGGUAAUGGAAAUACUUUAAUUGCUGGUCACAUUUUAAUUGCUGGUCACAUUUAGGUAAUUCCUUCUCUGGUUCCAUUGUCCAUUUGCUCAGCUUGUUCGAGAAGACUUUCAAAUUUCCUUCUGCGGUAGCGACCUCUAGUGUCCAAAGAGUACAGAUAAUCCCGGCCUUCUCCUGGUUUCUAGCUGUUUCUGUAAGUGUCCAUGCUGGAUAUCUUUGGAAACCACGAGAAGGCCGGGAAAGUGAGCCAGCAUCAUGUGAUCUGGCUAGCUUCAUUUUAGCACUCUCUGGUUUUCUAUUAACUCCUACAUAGUUGCUCUUUAACCCAUACAUAGUUGCCUGCUUAAAAAUGUGGAUUUGUUUUGCAUCUAGCCUUGCAAAAAGCUUCCUUUUAAAUAUGAAAUGGAAUACUGUACAUUGCUUUUUACAGAAAGUAGUAGAAGUCCACCCUUUACUAUUUUAAUGCUUCCAGAUCAAAACAUUAUUGGAUAAAAUGUUUUGGUUAAUGGGUAAUAUCUAAAAUUGCAUGAGAAUAUUUCCCUUCCUUUUCCUCCAUGCCCUCCAAGUCUGCCCCAGAGUCCUCAAGUCAGAACAGAAUUGGGGUUAUGAGGGAACAAGAGGAAGGGGUAUUCAGUUGUGCAAGCGAACUUCCAGUGCACCAGUGGGUGGGCACAAGUAGAUGGCCUCCCAAAAAACUGUUAAUAAUGUCCAAAGUUCAACAUGCUUUACACUGUGGAAUGUUAAUUUACAUUUCUUGCUGUUAAACAUUUUCUUGUGGUGCUUAGUUUAACUUGAACUUAAGGUUCCUAUUGAUGAGCCUUGCAUACCUUUCUGUGAUAUAAUUUGGUUGCCCUAAUAAAGCUAUUACACUAAGUUGAAUAUUGGUAGAUUUUCCGUGGUAUCUGUAAGUUUCUAAAUCACCAAAGCUUUGGAAGUUGUCCGAAAGCCGUUACUACAGGCAUGCCUAUUCUUCCAAUUUGAAACACAUAAGCAAUAUAACUCUCUACCUUUCAUUUCUAUCUUCCAGUCACAUCCUUAUUUAUUCCAAUGCAGUUAAUACUGUUUUAAAUAAGAUCACCCAGGUAUAUUUAAAUAAGGUGGGUAAUCUUUUUUAGGGAAGAUGGCUUUUUCAGAUAGCUUUUUCUGCAGAAUUCUUCCUUUGAACAAGAUCUGUGGAGUGAGACUCAUUUCUUAACAGCAUGCGAUGCCAAUAAUUUUGGUGUUGGUUAACAUUCAUGAUGUCCUUUAUUUGUAGAAAGGAGUCACUGAGUAAUUAGGAAGCAUGUAUCUUAAGAUCAUGUGUAAAGACCUACACAAAGUAUUUAACUUUUUCUUGAAGUUGUUUUACCUAAAAUGUACUGACAUGUGUAACACUUCAUUGGCCAUAAUGGGGAUUGUAUAUGUGUAACUAUGUUUUCCCCCAGAUUUUUCCUUAUUUCCCCACCAUUCCUUUCACUGUGGUGCAAAAGUGGUAGAAUCACAUGUUUGCUGCUUCAGAUGACAAUGUGCUUGUGGCUGAGAGACACAAUUUUGCUUAUGGUACAUUAUGACUUGUGAUUUGUUUUAACAGGCAGGACAGGCAUUUAAAAAAUUUCUUCCCCUCUUCGACCGUGUAUUGGUGGAAAGGUGUGCAGCUGAGACAGUAACUAAAGGAGGCAUUAUGAUUCCAGAAAAAUCACAAGGAAAAGUGUUACAAGCCACUGUUGUGGCAAUUGGAACAGGCUCUAAAAGCAAGGUAAGCAGACCUUUCCUAUCAAAGCUUUUUAUAGCUUUUCAGAUAAGAAACAUGAGAUUUCUUAGUGCUCCAGGCAAAAUCACCUCUCCACUCUACAUCAAGCAUCAUGAGCAGUGUGGUACAGUGGCAACAGCUUUCUAAUUAACAUUUCAAGGUGUGAUUAUCUGCUUGCUGCUCUCCUAGGCUUUUCUCCCCCAGCUGUUUUUCUGCCUUUCCUCACUUGCACAUCAGCAUCAUCAUACGCCUCUUCUUUCCUCAACCACCACUAUGAUUCUUUCCCCCAAGCUCUUAGACUAUUUGAGCCGGCGGCGGCUACACAGGCCACAUGACGAGGUCUGGCAGGCCGGAUUCGGCCCGCGGGCCUUCUGUUUGACACCCGUGGUCUAUGUGGUGUUUAUUUACUUACCAUGGGUUGCACCCAGUACUUCACAACUGGACACCUCUUUCCUUUCCUCUCUGCAUGUACCCUCAAAAUCUGUUCCAGGUGUGUGUAUCCUGGAGCAGUUUUUGAGGGUGUGUAGUUACAUUGAGCAUGCAGAAGUCUGCCAAGCUACUGGAACAGUAGUGUUGAUACAGCCCUGUAUUUAUAUUUUGCCUUUCUGCUGAAAGCCUGGGAAGAUGCUCUCUGGAUGGGUGGUCCCAGUAACCUGUUCUGGAUGGGGUUGCGGUACGUAGCUUGUGGGUACUCCUAGAUACAUCUUUGUCGUUGGAGACUCACGUGACCUCUGUGAUUUGCGAGUGCCUUUUACCAGCUUUGCUUAGUUUGCCAGCUACAGCCAUAUAUAGAUCGGGAUCACUUGACCACCAUGCACUAGUAGCCCUGAGAUUGGAUGAGGGCAGUGAGCUUGGUAUGAGGCUGCCCUUGGGCCUGGUGCAGAAGCUCCAACUGAUGCAAUAUUGCAGCUGCAUUUCCACUACAGAAAACCUUUUAAGAGCAUUGUAACAUACGUUGUCAGUAACUAUUCUUUGUCCCCUUAAGGAGGGAGAAACUCGUCCAGUUAGUGUAAAAGUUGGUGAGAAGGUUCUGCUACCGGAGUAUGGUGGAACAAAAGUUGUACUGGAUGACAAGGUUAGUAUGUGAAUUAAAUUUCUAUACUGUAUAUUAUACUCUGUAUGCCACUUUUAUACUUGCUUAAACUCUUAUUUUAUAAACAAAGCCAAAAGCAGUGCUUCUCUUAAUUUUAUGGAAGAUCACAUACAUUUUGUUAGAAUCUUCAUGCCCUUUCUCAAGAAACCUCAGUGGUCUGCUCACCUAACUCAUAUACCUAAUAGUUUCCAUAUGCUAUAUUCCGAGAUGUAUGCACACUGCCUCAGUCUCUGCCUACCUUCUAUAAACAUUUCAUUGCUUUCCUUCAUCUCCAUCCAGAAGUAACUGUGUCUGGAAUAGCCACUGUCCUCUUUCUGCAACCCCAUUCCUUUGUUGUGGGAGGUGGAGAAGAGAUUUUACUGCUUUUAGGCCUGUUACCAAGAAGUAAUGAAACACAUUUGUGACUUACCUCCUUGGGGAGAAACCUGAGUAUGGAACAGGCAAAACUCGCCCCUUGUAGUCACUGCAGUAAUUUCCUUGUGGUUUAACUUGCCUGUAUUGGAACAGAAGUUUGCUAAGUGUGUGACCUGCAUUUCAAAAAUAACAACCAUUGCACAAAUUAUAGCAUUUGUAUGUACUAUUUUAGGGCCAAACCAUCUGCAGAAAUAAGGUUGCAAACCAAUGUAAAGUGGGGAAAAGUUAAAAGUUUAUGUAUAUGUAUGUAAACCUUAGGUGAGAUUUAAAAUCUCAAGAGUACAUGGGUCUUUUAUAGAAGAAUUCCAGCUGAAUCUCUUAAUUUUCUUUUGAACCCCUGUAAACUAUUCCAGUCAGUUCAUCUGAAGUCUGUCCUGGGGGAAUUCAAGCCCCUUUCAGAGCAAUAGCAAUGAUGAAGUAGAAGAACUGUCCUUGGGUUAAUAUUUGUAUAGCACUGAUCCAAGGACAUGUCAUAAAUCUCUGUGUUGGAAGAGCGUCAGUGUUCCAGUUUUUGAACUACUUAAUUGUUUAUCUUCAACAUGGACAAAUUUGUUUUCUUUAUUUGCAGGACUAUUUCAUAUUUAGAGAUGGUGAUAUUCUUGGAAAAUACGUGGACUGAGCAGUUCAUCUUGCUGCGUUAUCAUUAAGUUUUCAUUCCACAAAAAGUGCUCAAAUGGUUCUGUUCCAUCAUGUAAAUAAUUUCUUUAUUUUCUAAUAAAUGCAAAUUCUCCCAAAUUACCAAGUAUCAUUGUGACUUCAAAAUAAAACAAUGUGUAUAGCCAAAAUACAUUUCUUACUAUCUUA